CUUCUAGCAUUGAAUCGAUGGGUGGUUUUUUCUUUUCAGAAAUCAUAGGCAUCCUGAUAUGGGUGUUGAAUGUUUUGUAGUUUGGUAGGUCCAUAAGAGCGUUUUUGAAGGGUUUAGGGAGACUUGAGCUUUGAUUCUUUGGCCAAAAAAGAGUCUUUAACCCUUUUGAAGCAGUCGAUUUGAUAUUAUGUUAGGUAUUGAUACAGUUCAAGCAUUUUGAAGAAUUGGGUUUUGAUUGUUAUGGAAUUCAUUGAAGAGAUCAAUGGGGUUUGAUGAGUUUUCUUAUGCAAAGUGGGUCACCAUGAGUUGGAGUUGGUGGGAAAUGAAUUCAACGAAAUAUGCUAGAACUUGGCCUGUGUUGAAAAUGGUAUAUUUUGAUAGCCAUUUUGAAGUUCUGGAUUGGAUUUUCUGGAUAAACUCUCAGAGCUUACUGGGAUUUUGCGGAUGUGCUUAGUCUUAAUCUUUCUGUUCAUUUGAGCAAAUUGGUGUUUUUUCAUCAUGGAUUCUCUGAAGGCAUUAAUGGGUGUCUUGCACUGUGGAGAGAACUCAUUAAAAUUUGAUUGAUAUUAACUGGAUCUUAUUGUUGCACUCAUGACAGUCUGUUGAAGGUGAGUCCAAUUGGUUUACUCCUAUGUGAAGGUUAGAUUGUUACUAUUAACGUCUAUACAAUGUAUUUUAUCUAUGUUUCGCUCUGAUAAAUUAAGGGUUUUCAUCCAAUUCUUGGUGUCCCUAGUUUUAUGGUCUGGGUACAACUACUUGAUUGAAGAAAUUUGGAAAAUACUGGUAGUGUAUUUUCUUGGGUAAGAAUGGAUGCUUUGCAGGUCAUUGCUUCAGCUACACAGAUUGUUUCGGGUAUGGUAGGGGCCAUCAGUGCAUUAGAACAAGCCUCCAGAAAUCUUGAUGAGGCUCCAAAGAGAGUUCGAAGCUUAGAGGAUUUUGUAUGUGAUCUAGAGAACUUGACACAAAGAAUUAAGCAAAAGCAUGCCUACAAGCUUCAUAACCCCCAGUUAGAAUACCAAAUUCAAAGCUUGAACAGCCUGAUUGAACGGCUGCAUCCAAAUAUCAGGAAGGCAAGAAGGAUUGUGUCCAAAAGUAGGGCUAAGAACUUGGCUAAGGUGGUAUGGACUUCAGUUGCAGGAGACCCCCUUGAGAAGCUAGUAAAUUCAAUCCGGGACGACUUGAAUUGGUGGCUUGAAUCUCAAAGAUUGGCUGGAAGUGUUGAGAAAGUAAUAGAAUCAACUGCUAGAACUAUUCCAGUACGGCUGAAAAUAAAGCCUGAACAAGGCUACCCAAUUUCUAGUAAGUGUAACUUUGUGAGAACUUUACUAGAACAAGACAGCUCUCACCGGGUCAUUCUAAUUGUUGGGUUAUCUGGUAUUGGAAAGUUGUGCUUGGCUCGUCAAGUAGCUGCCGAUCCUCCGAUGAAGUUUGUGGAUGGAGCAGUUGAACUUGGAUUUGGACAAUGGUGCAGCAGAGCUGCUUGUAAUGAAAGUAAGGACAAAUACCAGAGGCGCUUGGCAAGAAAAAUUUGUAAAUUUCUGGUCCAAAUAGGAUUCUGGAAGAAGAUUAGGGAUGAGAAUAGUGGAGAUCUUGAGUAUAUGUGUUGCUUGCUUCAAGAAGCCUUGUAUGGGAAAAGCAUUCUAAUCCUUCUUGAUGAUGUGUGGGAGCAAGACAUAGUUGAGCGGUUUGCAAAGCUGUAUGAUAACAAUUGCAGUUACUUGGUAACAACAAGAAAUGAAGCUGUAUAUGAGAUUACAGAGGCCCAGAAGGUAGAGUUAAACAAAGAUGACAUAAAGGAAAUAAGCAAGGCUAUUCUUCUCUACCACAGCCACCUUAGUGAGGAAGAGGUCCCGGGUGUGGCAGAAAGCUUGCUUGAACGUUGCGGCCAUCACCCACUUACAGUAGCUGUCAUGGGUAAGGCUCUCAGGAAAGAAAUAAGAGCUGAGAAAUGGGAAAAGGCCAUCAUCAACCUAUCCACCUAUGCCACUUGUGCACCAGGUCCCAUCUCAUAUGUGAAUGAGAAGGAAGCUGAGAACACACUGACCAUUUUUCGGUCAUUUGAGUUUAGUCUUGAAGCAAUGCCUGAAGACUCCAGAAGACUCUUUAUAGCUCUUGCAGCCCUUUCAUGGGCAGAACCUGUACCAGAAGCUUGUCUAGAAUCUGUUUGGUCAGUUGUUGGGCAGGACAACCUGUUUCCUCUGGUUGUCUGCAAGCUUGUUGAGGGAUCCCUACUGAUGAAAACCGACUCAUUUCCCUUGUACCAGGUUCAUGACAUGGUAUCAUUAUACCUUGAUUGCAGGACACAUGAUUCAGUUAAGAUUCUACUCUCUGAAUCUAGCCCAGAAAGGAUUGCAUUUAUCAGCCCCUGGCUGUUGACUUUUGGAAAAGAAACUGUGAAACAAAUUGCUGAGCAGAGAACAGAGUUUUGUCUGAGCGGUUUGGAAGAAAAACAGGCAGCUAUCACCUUAGAAGCCAUUAUCCAGGCUUUGAUGGCUAGCGAAUCCAUUUCUGAACUUGAAGCUAGUAGAGCAAGCUUUAGUAGUAUAUUGGGACCUAGGAUUGAGAACUUGAUUUCAUCCAACUCACAGGACCUAAUUGCAGUGACUGCAGAAGCUGUCACAAUAAUAUUCAGUAAAAGUGAUUAUCAGAAGUAUUUUCCAUCCCUUGAAACUACUGGUGCAGUUGAAAAGCUGGCAAGUAUAUUAGAGAACUGUGAGGAUCUGAUGAUCCAGACUAACAUCUCAAUUGUCCUUGCAAAACUUGCAGAAUUUGGAAGCCUGGAUACAGUUGAUAAGGUCCUUCAGAGCAUUCUCAUUAACCAGCUGGCUGAUUUACUUUCUCCCAACAAUGAGGAAUGGCAUGAGAGUGUGUUUACUACAUUGAUGUCAUUGAUAAAAGCAGGAAAGUUGAACGCCAUUGAAAGGAUGUAUGCCCUUGAGAUUGAUAAGAGUCUGAUUAAACUUCUUGAGAGUGGAUCUGAAGUUGCACAACACCAUGCUAUUGUCACAUUGAAGGCAUUUUAUGAGGUGGGAGGCCCUCCUGCAAAUGGGUCUCUUCAACCCGGUAAUCUAAACCUCUUACCCUGGCAAGCAAGGCUUAGUUUGGAAAGGUUCGUUUUGUCAGAUAUAAGUAUUCCCCUUGCACCAAAGCCACAGACUUUUGAAUAUCUCAUUCACAAGCUGCUUGACCAUGAUAUCAAGCAGGUACUGGAGGCAAUGCAAGAUCUCAUACCAAUUGUUGAGAAAGCAGGAGAUUCAAGGAUUAGAAAAAUGAUUUUACAGAGUCCCCUCAUCAAAAGAUUAUCAGAACUCUUGCAGUAUGGGCACUCGGAACAAAACACUAUAAGAUCUGAAUCUGCCUUUUUAUUAACUAAGCUAGCUUGCUCUGGUGGAGAACCCUGCAUCAAGAAAUUUCUUGAGCAUGAUAUUAUUCCUGAGCUGGUCAAGUUGAUGCAUUGCAAUGCCCCAGAGCUGCAGGAUUCAUCCUACACAGCUUUACACCAGAUGCUUUUUGGCAAUGGUGGGGUACUCAUUAUCAACCAGAUGCUUCAGACGGGUCUCAUUGAGAGGUUGGCUCAUUCGCUUGAGGGAAAAUCGAUGAAGACACGGGAAGUGAACAUGCAUUGCAUUUUGGAUAUAGUCGAGUUGGGAAGCAAAGCCUGCUUAGAGCGAAUGCUUUCUUUGCAAGUGGUGGAGAAGCUUGUGAGGAUUGAAAAGGCCAAUGGGGGCUCGGGCGAAACCCUGGUUGGAUUUCUCAGAGGAAUAGAUAAGUGCAAGCAUCUUUUAACAGCAGAGCGUAGGGUGAUGAAGCAACAAGUGGUCAGGAAGGUGAGGGCAGCUCUGAAAGGCCAUAAAUUUGGAGUUCAGAUUUUAGCAGCUCUAGAUGCCUGUGUUACUGAGGGAUCAAAAGGUGCCGGUAGUAGUUCUACUGGUCGACAAAGAAAAUAGUAGUUUGGCUUUCUAUGUAUUGUAAAGGAGGAGAGUUUGCAAUUUUUGCUAGCUGUUCAACUCAUGCCUUCAACAAUGUAUAACAUUGAGGUCACAUGUCAUUCAAAAAAUGAAUACAAUUUUGAAAUACAUGAUCAUUCAGUUUCA